UUCAAGAUAUAGAAUGGCAAAAUGUCCAAGAGGAGAUUUCGUAAUUGAUGAAGUAUGGCUUGCGAAAAAGAUAAAUGAUGUAAUCGUUGAUAAGGACGAUCAGUGGCGAAUCAAAUUGUUCAAUGAUAUCAUAUCUGAGAUAGGCGAAAAUUUCAAGUACAAAACAAUUUUCACAGUUGGACCGGCAAAAACACCUACGGAAGAUGUCGAUAGUCGGGCGGUAACACAGAGAAGUAGUGAUUUAGGGAACAAAUUAACAGUUUCAAGAAAUCCGAAAGAGAAUGAAAAAAGCGAUACAAAUGAUGAAACGACAUCAACGUUAAUCCGAAACUUGAAGUUAGGUAAAGCGACGGAUAAUUGCGCAUCAUUAAAUGACAGGGAAAUAUUGCAGCUAUUAAAUUUUGGGCAUUUAAAACAACGAGAUCUAGAACAAAAAUUAAGUAACGACUUUUUCCGUGCUGUUUCAUUGCGAAGGUCACAUUUCUGUGAGACCGCUAAUAUAUCACUCCAGAAUCUGCCGUUUCAGCAGUAUGACUACAGUUAUGUGAACGGAUCAUGCUGCGAAAAUGUCAUUGGUUAUGUUCCGGUACCGACGGGAAUUGUUGGGCCGUUAUUGAUGAAUGGACGUAAAUAUUUUGUACCAAUGUCUACAACGGAAGGUGCUCUUAUCGCUAGUACCAACCGUGGUUGUCGUGCAGUUUUCGAAUCUGGUGGUAUCACGGUUCGUAUAUAUAGGGAUGGAAUGACGCGUGCGCCUGUUGUUCAGUUUGCAAAUGUCGCCAGAACGCUUGAGAUGAAGGAUUUCCUAGAUUCACCAGCUGGCUUCGAGGAAAUCAAGACUGUUUUUGACUCGACAAGCAGUUUUGCGAGGUUACGACGAGUGGAGGUAGAUAUCACUGGUCGUUUGUUAUUUAUAAGAUUUGAAGCUGAAACAGGUGAUGCAAUGGGAAUGAAUAUGGUUUCGAAAGGUGCAAAUGUAGUAUUAUCAUAUUUAAAAGAGAAAUAUCCCGAAAUGGAGGUAUUGUCGUUAUCUGGUAAUUACUGUGUGGACAAGAAGGCUAGCGCAAUUAAUUGGAUUAAGGGACGCGGGAAAUCGAUGGUUGCCGAAGCAACAAUUCCAGCUGCAGUGGUGCAAACUGUCCUUAAAACUACUGUUGAUGCACUGGUGCGAUUAGGACAAGCAAAAUUGUUGAUUGGUUCUUCCCUGGCUGGUACAAUUGGUGGUUGGAAUGCACAUGCAGCUAAUGUUGUUGCAGCCAUAUUUAUUGCGACUGGACAGGAUGUUGCUCAGGUUGUGUCUAGUAGUAUGUGUUUAACGACAAUGGAAAAAACCGAGCUUGGUGAUUUGUAUAUUUCGUGCAACAUGCGUUGUCUUGAGGUUGGAACUGUUGGAGGUGGUACUAUAUUACCAGCUCAAAAUGCAUGCUUGCAGAUAAUGGGUUGUGGGACACCAACCUCAGUCCCAGGCGAAUGUGCCACGCGUUUGGCAGAAAUUAUUUGUUCAACAGUGCUGGCGGGUGAAUUAUCCCUUCUUGCAGCUCAGUGCUCGAAUGAUCUCGUUAAAAGUCACAUUAGGCUUAACAGGUCUACUAAAUGUUUGUUGACGUCCGCGGGUUCUGCACCUAAUUUUCGACGUGAAUCAAGCGCAGUAACUUGCGAUAGCGAUGGACAGAAGAAAGUGAGGGUAGAAAUCUCAUUUCGAGAACAUCCGGUGACAGAGAAGCCUGUUAAAUUUGAAAUGCAAUGUUCUAAUAUUUUGUGAUACAUAGUUUUGAAAUGAGUUCUUCUGCUGUAUGGAGAUUUUUGAUAUGAAGCUUUGACUUAUAUUUGUUGCAGAGUUGAGAAAC